UUUCCAAGGCCAGCUUCCUUCUCAAAGCACAUAUAAAACCCUCUCACCACCCUUCUUCCCCCCUCAUUCUGGAGCCUCAGGUCUCUCUCUACACAUUUUAUUUCUUGUGUGCAAGAGCUUGUUUGCUCAAUUGCUGUCCAAAAAUGGAUCCCAUUAGCAUAGAGAAGAUCAGGGCCAUGAAGAAGUACAGGAGGAGCAGGAGGCAGAGGCAGCAGCAGCUCCCUAAUCUCACACUCUACAUGGUGGCCACUUGUGUUCUUUGUCUGCUGCUCACUAGCCCUGCCUGGUUCCCCAGUCUGUGCUCACUCCUCAGCUCCUUCUUCCUCACCACCCUCCCUGACCUGGCCACGGCCUUCUUGCUCAGCCCCAAGUGCCUCUUCAUUGUCGGCAACCUCAUCGUCGCCUUCCUCAUCAGUGAGUCUAGACUGGUGCCGCCGAGUAGUCAGCCUGCUUCCGUAUUGGAUGUGAAUGGCAUCCAUGAAGACAUCCACGAAGAGCACGUGAAGAGGAGUGUCGUGUCGGCGAUGGUGACGACCACGGCGGUGUUUGCUGAUCAUGGCACUCUGGUUGGAGGAGUUUGGGAGGGAGAGAAGGAGGAGCUGCAAGGAGAAGAGGAGCUGGAGAAGAGAGUGGAGGACUUCAUUGCAAGGGUCAAGAAGCAAAGAAAGCUUGAGGCCAAGAGCUUCUUUGACACUGACCGGUGAUCAUGGCCGUAUAUAGCUUGCUUAAUUUCCUUGGAGCUUGAAGAUGCAAGAGAAGAUUGCAUCAAAUUAAGGAUCUUUCAUUCUACUAUGCUGAACCCAUUCCACUGUUUCUUCUUACAGUGUAGCUCAUUAAUUCUGGGGUGCAGAAAUGCCCAAGAAUUAGGAAGAGGGAGAGAUAAGGAAUGUGUGUGAUCUUUGGAAAAGCAAAAUAAAAAUAUCUGGUGUCUUUCUCUUAUCUUCCUUUGUGUCUAGCUGGUACCGUGAUGCCAUUGUUAUACAGGUCCAGUUACAUCUAUGAAGGGUUGAAGUGUAAACUAGCAGUUGACUCAUGCAUCGAUGUACUCUCAAAAUUGGCUGCAAAUUUGGCCACGAAUCAACCCGUCGAAAUUUCCUUUCC